AAACUUCAUAAGCCUUUGCUAUCACCGUGGUAUUUGCCUUGUGAUUUCCAUGCCUGCUUUGGAAAAUUCGAGUGACUAAAUAUAAUAAGGCUAGCCCUUCCAAAUUCCAAUAAAUCUUUAUGCACAAGCAAAUUAUCUUCAUAAAUUUCCAGGUUCCAAAAGUGAGUCUCAUUCAUAAAUGUCCCUUAUUGCAAGACCUCCUGUUAGGGUCUUCCUCCAGAUGUUAUUAUUGGGUACUUUUGUCUCAGGCCAAGCUGAUCACAUCAGUGAUAUCAAUUGCUUGAAGUCCAUAUCAGAAUCUUUGGAAGACCCUUAUGAUAAUUUGAAAUCAUGGAGUUUCAGCAGCAGCAGCAUUUGUAACUUUCUGGGAGUUGUUUGCUGGAAUGAGUUUCAAAACGAUGUGUUUAGUCUCGAUCUUUCUUACUUGGGGCUUAACGGAAAGUUCCCUCGAGGCGUAGGUAACUGUACUAGAUUAACAGCAUUAGACCUCUCUAACAACAAUCUUUCAGGUCAUCUUCCAUCUGAUAUUGAAGAAAUCUUACAGUUCGUGACAUUUCUUGAUCUAUCCUCCAACAAUUUCAGCGGUGAAAUCCCACCUGGAAUUGCCGAUUGUGUUUAUCUAAAUGGUUUGAGACUUGAAAACAACCAGCUCACAGGUCAAAUACCAUGGCAACUUGGAAGGCUCACUAGGAUUAAGAUAUUCAGUGUUGCUCACAAUCUGUUAUCAGGUCCUGUCCCUGAUUUUGUUAAUCUCAAUGUUACAAGUGAUUGUUAUAAAAAUAACACUGGACUUUGUGGGGAGCCAUUGAAACCCUGCAAAGAGCUGCAAGUCUGGAAAAUUUUUCCUGAAACUGAAAGUCCAUUCAGAUAUGCGUUUGGGGUUGGCUUUGAGUUUUCUGUUCUUUCAGUAUUGGUCUUUUUGUUCUCGUACAGUGCAGGUUUGGUUUAUUUCGGAAGGAAAGGAAGCAAAGAAAGAGAAUAUGUAGCAUAUAGUAAACUGACAAAUGUCAAGCACCUACAGCAAGCAAGCAAUAAGAUUCCAGUGUUAGAAAGCUUGGUUACAAGAAUGAAUUUUGAGGAACUGAGCGUAGCAGCAAACAAUUUCAGCAAAAACAACAUCAUAGGGAUGGGAAAGAUGGGAGCAGUGUACAAAGCCACAGUUUCUAAUGGCAAUUGGUUCCUAGCCAUUAAAAGAAUACCCAACUCUCAGAAUUUUGAUCAUGAAUUCUUCUCAGAAGUAAUGGCUCUUGGUAGAUUGAAGCACCCUAAUAUAGUGAGACUCUUAGGUUUCUCCUCUAAAGACAAGGAAAAGCUUUUAGUUUACAAGUAUGAACCAAAUGGAAGCCUCUAUGAGCGGCUGCAUUCUAUGAAAGGUGAGACUCAGACCAUGGAGUGGCCUGUAAGGGUGAAAAUUGCGGUCGGCCUGGCGAGAGGUCUAGCAUGGCUCCACCAUAACCACUACUUGCCAACCGCUCAUCUUAAUGUAAGCUCAAAAUGCAUCCUACUUAAUCCUAAGUUCGAACCGAAGCUGUCAAAUUUUACAGGUGCAAUCUUCUUCAAUGCUAACAAUACUAAGGUUGCAAAGAGCAAGACUUGUGAACUGGGUCAUAUGAAGAAGGAUGUUUACAGCUUUGGAGUUGUGCUUCUUGAGCUUAUAACAGGAAAGAAACCAAGUGAAACGAAUGAUUCAAGAAAUCCUGAGAGGACUUCUGAUGUCUGUUAUGAUCUUGAUGAAGUUGUUGACAAGUCCUUAAUUUGGAAAGAAUUUGAUGGUGAAAUUAUUCAGCUACUGAGAAUUGCAUGUGAUUGUGUGCAGCCUUUGCCUGAUGAAAGGCCAACUAUGGUUCAGGUGUAUAAAACAUUAAGGGCUAUGGGGGAGAAGUAUGGCCUUAGUGAUGACUCUCAGACAUCAACACUGCUAAUUUUUGAGAUGGAUCCUUGGAGAUUACAGGUAAAAUGAGGAAAUAGCAUUGUUUCUUACAAGCAACUUUGGGAGAUGAGGAUUAUUACCAGGGAAGUUUGAACCUGACCGUUAUUCUAGGUAAUCCCGUUUUUAUCAUUAAACUAAAGUACCUGUUAAAAUCAUUGUUGUCAUCGCUUUCUCUGAACCAUUAUUGGCUAUUUUAAUAUACUUCUCUUUUUUUGUGUUAAAAAUUUUUACUAUAAAAUAUUAUAAAAUUGUAAUUACAUUAAUAAAGAUAAAUAAAAUUCACAUCCAUAUUAUUUCAGCCUUUGGUCAUAACUCCCAAUCUCAUUUUUACUCAUGGACUGAAAUUUAAAAACCAACUUUUCAAAUCUAAAUUAAAAUUAACAAGAAAAAAAAUUAUUAAAAUUAGGUCAAUCGUUAAAAUUU